GCCAGUAUUUUAAAAAAUAGUAGCAAAAUUAUUCACCGGCUUCUUUCCCCCCUGUGCCUCUGCGUGUGUGAGAGUGUGUGUGCGUGCGUGUGUGCGUGUCUGGGCGCGCGUGUCCCAGCGUUGUGCGAGCGGGCGGGCGACGAGUGCGUGUGAGUGGUGAUGUGUGUGUAUGUGUGUGUAUGUGUGUGUGUGUGUGUGCGUGUGUGUGUGUAUACUUGUGUGCAAUUGUUACACGCUUUCGCCUCGCUCCAGCUUUUACCCCGGCAGCGCGAUUCCCCGGGUUCUCCUGCCGCCGCCGCUGCGCCUCUUUCGCCGCUGCUCGCACGGCUCCGGGCGGGCGCGGGCUGCGUAGGAGCCGCCGGCGUGGGGCCGCGCUGCCUAGACUAUCCCCGGCUGCUUGUUUUGUCUCUGAAAUUGACAAGGACGCAGGGAAUCCGCUGCUAAAUAAUGUUUCUGUACGAUGAGCUGCCCCAUUACGGCGGGAUGGACGGAGUAGGGGUUCCCGCUUCCAUGUACGGAGACCCUCACGCGCCGCGGCCGAUCCCCCCGGUUCACCACCUAAACCACGGGCCGCCGCUCCACGCCACGCAGCACUACGGCGCGCACGCCCCGCACCCCAAUGUCAUGCCAGCCAGCAUGGGAUCUGCUGUCAACGACGCCUUGAAAAGAGACAAGGACGCGAUCUACGGGCACCCGUUGUUUCCUCUGUUAGCGCUGGUCUUUGAGAAGUGCGAGCUGGCGACCUGCACUCCCCGGGAACCCGGAGUGGCCGGCGGAGACGUCUGUUCCUCUGAUUCCUUCAACGAGGACAUCGCGGUCUUCGCCAAGCAGGUUCGCGCCGAAAAGCCUCUUUUUUCUUCAAAUCCAGAGCUGGAUAAUUUGAUGAUACAAGCAAUACAAGUACUAAGGUUUCAUCUUCUGGAGUUAGAAAAGGUCCACGAACUGUGUGAUAACUUCUGCCACCGGUACAUUAGCUGUUUGAAGGGGAAAAUGCCCAUUGACCUCGUGAUUGAUGAGAGAGACGGAAGCUCCAAGUCAGAUCAUGAAGAACUUUCAGGCUCCUCCACAAAUCUCGCCGACCACAACCCUUCAUCCUGGCGAGACCAUGAUGAUGCAACCUCAACUCACUCAGCAGGCACCCCAGGACCCUCCAGUGGGGGCCAUGCUUCCCAAAGCGGAGACAACAGCAGUGAGCAAGGCGAUGGGUUAGACAACAGCGUAGCUUCACCUGGCACAGGUGAUGACGACGAUCCAGACAAGGACAAAAAACGCCAGAAGAAAAGAGGCAUAUUCCCCAAAGUCGCGACAAAUAUCAUGAGAGCAUGGCUCUUCCAGCAUCUCACACACCCAUACCCUUCAGAAGAACAGAAGAAGCAAUUAGCGCAAGACACGGGACUGACAAUUCUGCAAGUGAACAACUGGUUUAUUAAUGCCAGAAGAAGAAUAGUACAGCCCAUGAUUGACCAGUCAAAUCGAGCAGGUUUUCUUCUUGAUCCUUCAGUGAGCCAAGGAGCAGCGUAUAGUCCAGAGGGUCAGCCUAUGGGGAGCUUUGUAUUGGAUGGUCAGCAACACAUGGGAAUCCGGCCUGCAGGUUUGCAGAGCAUGCCAGGGGACUACGUUUCUCAGGGUGGUCCAAUGGGAAUGGGUAUGGCCCAGCCGAGUUACACUCCUCCCCAGAUGACCCCACACCCUACUCAGUUAAGACAUGGACCCCCAAUGCAUUCAUAUUUGCCAAGCCAUCCCCACCACCCAGCCAUGAUGAUGCACGGAGGACCCCCUACCCACCCUGGAAUGACUAUGUCAGCACAGAGCCCCACAAUGUUAAAUUCUGUAGAUCCCAAUGUUGGCGGCCAGGUUAUGGACAUUCAUGCCCAAUAGUAUAAGGGAACUCAAGGAAGAAGGAAACACACGCAAAAACUAUUUUAAGACUCUCUGAACUUUGACCAGGAUGUGACGCUUAAUAUGAAACUCCAGACAGCUGUGAUUAUUUUUUACUUUUGACAUUUUUCAUCAAGCGACAGAGGACCAAUGGGACAAGAAUACAAAUGUGAAGCAACGGGGCUCAUCGAGACAACUUUGUCCAUGCAAAGAUCCUCUGGAGAAAGACUCCGAGAGUUAUAACUACUGUAGCAUAAACAUAGGGACUAAGUUAAACUUGUACAUUUCUGUUGAUCACUCCGUUAUGUUGCCUCAAAUAGUUUUAGAAGAGAAAAAAAAAUAUAUCCUUGUUUUCCACACUAUGUGUGUUGUUCCCAAAAGAAUGACUGUCUUGGUUCAUCAGUGAAUUCGCUAUCCAGAAGAGACUGUGGUAUAUUUUAAACCUGUUGGGCCAAUGAGAAAAGACCCAUGCUGCGGAGCAAGGUGGACACUGAACCUCAUCACUGACUCCAGCGGCUAGAAUGUGUUUUCAUGCCCGGCCUUUGUUCCCCCAUCCAUGUGUCCUUUAGUUUCAAACAGAUCUUUAUAGUUUGUGCUUCAUAAGCCAAUCCUUAUUAUGAUUUUGGGGGACUGUUCUUCAAAGAGCUUGCCAGUGAAGAUUUAGAGACAGAGCGAAGGCUUCUUCAAGUUCCGAGCCUUGGCUGUGGACAAAACAAUCUUAAGUUGGGCAGCUUUCCUCAACGCGCGAGCGCACACCACACACACACACACACACACACACGUUAUUCAUGGUCAUUGCACCAUAAGUAGGAUUCUAUCAGGAACUCAAAGCUUGGGGGAUGAAAAGGAACAAGAGAAUACUGUAACAAACUUCGUACAGAGUUCGGUCUUUUAAUUGUUUCAUGUUAGAUAUUCUAUGUGUUUACCUCAAUUGAAAAAAAAAGAAUGUUUUUGCUAGUAUCAGAUCUGCUGUGGAAUUGGUAUUGUAUGUCCAUGGGAUCCUCUUUUCUCAGCACGUGUUCCUCACUAGAAGAAAAUGCUGUUACCUUUAAGCUUUGUCAAAUUUACAUUAAAAUACUUGUAUGAGGACUGUGACGUUAUGUUAAAAAAAAGGUGUUAAGUCACAAAAUGCGGUAAUAAAUAUUUCAUUUUUGAUUUUU